GUGCUGGUUUUUUAAUCGAUUUUGCAUAUCAAGCUGUUUGUUCUGAUGGUCCAAGCGACGAGCAGUGCUUUGAUAAUUGGAUUUAAGUGCUGAUGAAGAGGCAGUCACCAGAAAACAUGAGGUUUCAAUCGAGAUGCUGCUGGGAAUCGCUGUGGAAUCUGCUGCAAGACUGAUGGUGUUGGUGCUGAAUGGAGACGCAUUUCCACCAUCCUCAUCGGUUUCAAUGAGCCCAUCAGCUACAAAUCGGCUCCAGCAUGUGAUGCACAUCCAGCAUAAAGCUCUGCUUCUCGAAAAGUGCUGUUUUGUUCUUCACCAACGAAACAUCAUUGGAAGAAGAUAGGCCCAGCAUGAGAUACAUAGGAGGAGCAUGGAGCUUUUGGACACACUAUUCAACAAUAAGCCCACUCAACACCUCAAACACACGAUUCCACCCAAGGGUCAAAGCUGUGAUCUCCCAGAUGGACAUGAUAGCCCCAAGGUUUUCUUUGAAUAAAGGCGACAUCGAGAUUAUCACCAGCCCAGAGGUGUUUUAUCAGCAGUUGAAGGAAAAGGCCAGCCAUGCCCAGGAAAGGAUAUUUCUCUCGUCUCUCUACAUUGGCAAGAACCAGAACGAGCUUGUGGAGUGUUUGCGACAGACGAUGAUCGAAAAACCCAACUUGAAGGUCUCCAUCCUCACUGAUGCUUUGAGAGGCACUAGAGAAGCUCCCUCAAAGUCCUCAGCUUCUCUAUUGGCAAGAUUGUACAAGGAAUUUGGCAACAGAAUUGACAUCAGAAUGUACCACACUCCGAAUCUUACUGGUUUGAAGAAGUAUCUUAUCCCCAAAAGACUCAACGAGGGCUGGGGUUUGCAGCACAUGAAAUUGUAUGGAUUCGACGAUGAGAUUAUAUUAUCUGGUGCUAACCUAUCAUCAGACUACUUCACCAACAGACAGGAUCGUUACUAUGUUUUCAAAUCAAAGGAUCUAACAAACUACUAUUACAAUAUCCAAAAGGCAGUCGGCUCUAUCAGUUAUAAAGUGGUUUACGAAGAUAGCGACAAACAGUUCAAACUAACCUGGCCAACUUCAAACUUCACUUCAGAACCUCAUUUGGAUACUAAAAGGUUUGUUUUGGAGUCAACGUCUUUGCUAGAGCCCUUGAUCAGAAAGAAAACAAUUGGUGAUUACGAAGAAAUGAUUACUGACGAGGAGUUAAACAAAUCAGAAACAAUUGUUUAUCCUGUAUCACAAUUCACACCACUAUUGAAUCCUGAUGCUUCAACUGAAAAACCUAUUGUCUUGCGAUUAUUGUCGUAUCUCGAUAACCCCAACAUUCAAUGGACUUUCACUGCUGGCUAUUUUAACAUGCACAACGACGUUAAAAGAAGAUUGUUAAAUGCUACUUCUAUUGGCAAUGUUAUUACAGCUUCACCCGAGGCUAAUGGCUUCUACAAAUCAAAAGGAAUCUCAAAAUACUUGCCUCCUGCUUAUUUGUAUCUUGCUCGAACAUUUCUCAAUGAAGUCAAAGAAGCCAAAAAAGAAUCCCUAGUAUCGGUUAUGGAAUGGAAGAAGGGAGUGGUGAACACUCCCAAUGGUUGGUCUUAUCAUGCUAAGGGCUUAUGGAUCAGCGACCCAGAUGAUACAAAACCAUGUAUAACGAUUAUUGGUUCAUCAAAUUACACCAGAAGAGCUUACUCUUUGGAUUUGGAGUCCAAUGCUGUGAUUGUUACAAAAGACGAGAAUCUCAAACAGCAAAUGCAAAAUGAGGUUGACAACAUAAUGCAAAAUACAAAAAAGUUGUCUAUUGAAGAUUUUGAGAAAGACAACAGACACAUUUCUAAAGGAGUUAUAUUAGCCACAAAGCUUCUUGGAAAUAAACUAUAGUAAUAAUAAAAAAAGAAAAGAAAAGAAAAAUUAAUGAAAUUAUGUGUAUAAAAUAUGUUAUGAAAUUGUAAAUAUACAAAG